AUGACAGACGAAAUCCGAGGAUGGUUAUAUGGAUGGCUUGGGAAAAGGAAACUUGGUAUACCAUCCUAUAACACAAUACCGUUGACGAAAUGUGGUGAAGAAACGCGCUUCAGAUGUGAAUUACGUAUACCAGGGCAGUCUCAUGUAGGGUUAGGGAUCUCGAAGAAUAAGAAGGAUGCUGCUACAAAUGCUGCGCGAGAUUUUGCACAAUUUCUUAUUCGACAAAAAUUGCUUGAUCCGAUAGAGCUUCCAAAACUUACCUUAUCUAUGCUGGAGGCAACAAAUCUGGAUUCAUUUGGCUGGGACAACACACUAGAAGAUAGCAGUUUAUUGAACAAAGCAGAAAAAAAUAGCCACGCAACAGUUGGCGUUGCAAUGAAUAUGCAGUUUCUUCCUUUACCGAUAGUUAAAACGGAACAUCAGUGUUAUAUUGAGCGAAAAGCAGAGGAGAUUGCGCCAUUGGAUUCAGUCGAUUUGCGGACAGAUAUACAUGGAGGAUGGAUGGCUGGCAGUAGCAAAAUGCACUUAAAUGAAUUUGUGCAAAAAAUCAAGCAACCACCAUUGAAAUAUGAUACCCGCUGUAUUGGCAAUGAUAAUUCCAGAACUUUUGUUGCCGAAGUGUCACUCUUCGUCCCGGAAGUGCGACAUACAUUUUCGGCAAGAGCAGAAGGAUCAACAAAAAAAACUGCCGAAGCAACAUGUGCACUUUCUUUGAUGCGUCAAUUGUUUCAUAAUAAGUUAAUUGGUGCUUACACUGGUCAAAAGAAGAAAAAAACAGCGGGAAAUUUACCAGACAUCCCUGUUAUUGUAAGUGACGAACUUUCUGAAGAAAUAGCUCGUUAUCUUGCAUUGGUUGGUGUUGAUGAAAUACAGCCACCACCAGAAGCUUCAGCUUCUAAACCAGUUUCCUUGUUGAUUACACAAAAAUUGAAUCAGUUCGAGCCAUCACAAUCUAUCUCAGAUGGUUUUAUAUCGUGGUGUCCAGCAUUGCAAAAUUGGAAUCCGUGGAAGUCAGUGAGUAUCGACGAAGCCCCAUUUGCUUUUAUGUCUCUUGAGGCAAUAAGUGCUGACUUGUUAGAAGCGGAAAAGAAACGGAAGAUACCAUCAAGUAUAAAAAUUCAACGAGAAUCAUUACCUGUGUAUCAGCAUCGCAAACAAUUAAUUGAUACUAUUGCAAUUAAUUCAGUUACAAUAGUGAAAGGUGAAACAGGUUGCGGAAAAUCUACUCAGGUUUGCCAGUAUCUGCUAGAACACUACAUAAACAAUUAUCGUGGUGCUGAAUUCGCUGCAUUUGUUACUCAACCACGAAAAAUCAGUGCUUUAACGUUAGCUGAGCGCAUUGCUGAUGAACGUGGGGAGCAACUGGGAGUGUCAGUUGGAUACGCUGUCAGGUUUGAUUCACUUUAUCCUCGACCAUAUGGAUCACUGAUGUUUGUCACUGUUGGUCUGCUGUUGAAAAGAUUAGAAUCAGGCUUGCGUGGAAUAAGCCAUAUUAUUGUUGAUGAAAUUCAUGAGCGAGAUAUUAAUACAGACUUCAUCAUGAUUGUGUUACGCGAUAUGGUAAAUAUGUAUCCUGAUUUGAGAGUUAUUUUAAUGUCUGCAACUGUCGAUACGAGUCUUUUUACUAAUUAUUUUGGCAAUUGCUCAGUGGUUCUAUUAGAAGGACGAAAUUUUCCCGUUCAACACUAUUUCUUGGAAGAUAUUGUACAGAUGAUUCGUUUUUUGCCACCAACUGACGAAUUAAGAAAUAACAAAGAUUGUGACGAUGAAGGGGAAGAAUUUAUAGACGAGGCACAAAAUCUGAAUUUGGUUAUAAGUGAAGAAUAUGGCUUAAAUACAAAGCUUGCUAUGAGCCGACUUUCAGAAAGGGAAAUAUCGUUCGAGCUUAUCGAGGCACUUUUGAAUGACAUCGUAAGCAAGGGUGAAGAGGGUGCUGUUCUGAUUUUCUUACCAGGAUGGCAUGUCAUCCAACUUUUGCUCAAUUUUCUGAAAUCACAUUCCGUGUUCAGUAAUGAAUCACAAUUUGUUAUUCUUCCACUUCAUUCGCAGUUAACUGGCCAGGAACAACGCAGAGUUUUUGAAAGUUAUUCAUCCGACGUUAGAAAAAUUAUCCUAUCAACGAAUAUUGCGGAAACCAGUAUUACAAUCGACGAUGUUGUCUACGUAAUCGAUAGUUGCAAGGCUAAAGAGAAAAUGUAUACUUCACACAAUAACAUGGUUAAUUAUGCAACAGUUUGGGCAUCUCGUACCAGUAUCAUACAACGGAGAGGACGAGCUGGGCGUGUGCGUGAAGGCUUCUGCUUCCAUUUAUGCUCCAAAAGUCGAUACGAAGCGUUAGAAGAAUAUCGCACGGCGGAAAUGCUGAGAUCUCCAUUACAUGAAAUUGCAUUGAUGAUUAAACUAAUUGGAUUAGGCUCAAUUGGUGAUUUUCUAGCCAAAGCAAUCGAGGCACCACCAAUCGAUUCUGUCACUGAAACCGAAAUGCUUCUUCGGGAGAUGUCAGCUUUGGAUUCAAACAGUGAAUUAACAGAACUUGGUCGCAUUUUAGCUCGACUUCCUAUUGAACCAGUACUCGGCAAAACUCUUAUUCUUGCUACUGCAUGCGGUAUUGGCGAAUUAUUAGCAACGAUAUCUGCAGCGUCAUCAUUUGCGACACCAUAUAUACCACAUGAUCGGACGGCUUCAAAACUGUCCUUUCAACAACGUUCAUUUUCUGGUAGCCGCUUCUCCGAUCAUGUUGCAAUUAUAUGUGUUUACAACAAGUGGUGUGAAGCAUUUAAUCAAAAUCCAAUGGCAGAGAAGAAUGUUUGCCAAUGGUUUUCGUUGAAUUCUACAGUAUUACGAAUGAUUAGGAUUGCUAAACAACAACUAAUCGAUACACUGAUCUCAUCUGGUUUCUCUGAAUCAUUGUUCACUCCAUUAGUUGUGUCCAAUACAGGACCGGAUUCAAAUCUCGAUCUCGUACUUUCAUUAUUAGUUUAUGCUUUGUAUCCAAAUGUUUGUCACUAUCGAGAUAAACGACGUGUUUAUACACUGGAACAGGCGACAGCUUUGAUGAGCAAGCAGUCCGUGAACACACCUUUUUAUAGUUCCGAUAUUAUUAAAUUUCCGUCUCCUUUGUUUGUUUUUUCGGAAAAACUUCGCACUAAAAUGAUAUCAUGUAAACAAAUUUCGAACAUAACUCCACUUCAAUUACUUCUUUUUGGAAGCCGAAAAGUGGAGUAUCACGGAAAUAAUAUUAUUAGAUUAGACGACAUGAUUCCUCUGAAAAUGAAUGUACAAGCUGCUGCUCGAGUUGUAGCUUUGCGACCAUGCAUUGAAGCGCUUAUUGUACGAACUUGUUUGAAUCCAGAAGCUACAAAUAAAGUUCGUGAGAAUGAUAGUAAACUUCUUAAGAUCCUAAAACAACUAUCAUCACCUUUUAGUUGGUCGCCAAAUGAAGAAAUAACUGAAACACAGCAGAAAGACUAUGCUAAUGUUGAAGAAGUUCCGAGCUAUAUGAGAAGGAUUCGAGGCUGUGCCGAUGGCAUGAAACCGAAUACGAGAGGAAAUAGAUGGAGCGUAAGAAGAGGGCAAGGAAGAUGUGGCCCAGUUGGUGCUUUUGGGAAUCAUGAGAUAGAAUAUCAGAGUCAUGAAAGGGCAAGAAUGAGAAGAAAUGUUUGCGAUCAUGAUUAUUUUACAUCUCAGAGUUGGUCCAGAGAAACCUACCGAGGACGCUUUGGAAUUGCUCAAAACAAAACUUUUUGUCCUUAUAUGAUCAAGAGUAAUAUGCGAAAUUGUAGCAGAGGUUCACUAUCGGAUUAUGUCAAAUGUGAUCGUUUGGAAAGUGGCACAGUUGGUUUGGCAGCAAACUGGGAUAUUAUACCUGUGAAACGUGCUCGAACAGGUUGA